AUGUUACGAAACAGGGCCCUGGCUGUUUUGCAGAAGACCUACGAUGAUAGUUAUCUAAGUUGCUCAACUGCUAUCUACUAUGAAGGCCAGGGUAAUGAGAUAGAAGCCAUGCGACAUUGGCGAGCUGCCCUGGAUCAGAUCUAUGAUUACAACGCAAAUCGGGCACCCCCCGCAUAUGGCCCACGUACAGACACCGAGAAAGCCUUACAAGAGGCACUGAAACAGCUGGAAUUACAAUGUAAAGAACGAAUCGAUCUCCUGGAAGCUCUCAGGAUCUCACGGCAAGAAGAGACGACCACCACGCAACCACCAGCCGGCAAGUUGACAAAGCGACCAAGUAUGCCCGAGGGACGAGGUUCCCUUGGACAGGGCACAAUCACCGCCAUGCAGUAUUCUGAGCUAUCACGACCAACCAUUCCACACCGUCCAUCACAGCCUCGACGUACGUCAUCAGAACUUGCUAUCGUGGAUGGACCCAGCACCCAUCUAGAUCCAAACAUGGCGUUCCCGUCGGUCUCUCGAUCUGCAUCGCCUGGAGGACCAGCCCUACCACCGAGACCGAACAAGACUUUACGGACACCAAGUCCAGAAAAGCACACCAUGAGGACGACUUUACGUUCCGGUAAAUUAGGAGAAAAGUCCACCAAGCCACGAAAGCCAGCAAAGCCACUCGCCGAAGGAUCAAGCAAAGCAGCGACUUUGGCAUGGAGCGCGCUCAGUUCAAGGGAAAGAUUCUCGAGGGGGACCCAGUCGGAGUCCACUCCAGCAACAGCGAGCUCUAGCUCUCGCACUUCCUUGGAUCAGAUUCGCAGACCAGUACCAACGCAAUGGGACAGCCACUCGAGACGUUUGGUUGUGCCAAAAGACCGCGAUCUUGAUGGAGAACCUUCAGGAAAUACACGACACUCUGAUGAGUACUGUUAUGCCCGUCCAUCCAUGCUGUCGGUCACUGCUGCUUCCAGUGCUCUAAAUUCGUCUUCGUAUCAAGAUUUACCUCCAUCAGAUGCUUACACAAAUCGAAUCGAUCGACUGCCCAACUCGCGCAACGGAUUCGCUUCACCGUCGCCACGCAAGGUAUCGAGGCAAGAGCGAGCCAACGAUACUGAGACCGGCGACGAUUCUGGAGAAGCAUCAGAGAGGAGAAGUGUGUCAAACAACUUACCAACUCGUAGUCCAGCAGCGAGACAGCCCGGAAGAUCUUUGAAACCCUCGAGGCCGCAUGCUGAGAGCAGAGAUAGGUCAAGGCGUCCUGAACGUAAGGCUCGGCAAGUCUCCACCUCAAGCGCCUCUGACGACGACACGAAUGGGACAAGUUCCAGACCACGUCGAGUGAAGGAGAAAGAGGCUCCUAUAGAAGCUGAUUCCCAAGAGGAUGGUUCCGAAGCGUCUGAAUCGGAGACUUUGGAAAAGUCUCCUGACGAAAUGAGUGAAUGGAAAAACAAGAAGAAGCAAAUUUUGAAGAACCUGCCCGCUGGUGUUGAUGCAGCUGCCGCGAAGCAAAUAUUGAACGAUAUUGUCGUUCAAGGUGACGAAGUUCAUUGGAGUGAUGUGGCUGGUCUUGAAAUUGCAAAGAACGCACUUCGAGAGACUGUUGUUUAUCCAUUUUUACGGCCCGAUCUUUUCAUGGGCCUCCGAGAACCAGCCAGAGGAAUGCUCCUAUUUGGACCGCCAGGAACAGGAAAGACUAUGCUCGCGCGGGCUGUGGCAACAGAGUCCAAGUCAACAUUCUUUUCAAUUUCAGCAAGCAGCCUGACAAGCAAAUACCUGGGCGAGUCAGAAAAGCUCGUUCGAGCUCUUUUUGGAUUGGCCCGGACACUGGCACCCAGUAUUAUCUUUGUGGACGAGAUCGACUCGCUACUUUCACAGAGAUCAGGGUCUGGAGAGCACGAAGCCACGAUGAGGAUCAAGACAGAGUUUCUUAUUCAGUGGAGCGAUCUUCAGCGUGCUGCUGCUGGAAGAGAAGCGACCGAGAAAGACAAGGAAAGGGGGGAUGCCAACCGAGUCCUUGUGUUAGCGGCGACGAACCUCCCCUGGGCAAUUGACGAGGCGGCUCGAAGACGUUUUGUGCGACGACAGUACAUCCCGUUACCUGAACCGACCACUCGCGAGACACAGCUCAGGACCCUUCUGGGCCAGCAGAAACACGACUUGUCUAAUGAUGAUAUCCUCAAGUUGGUGGAAUUGACAGAUGGCUUUUCAGGUUCAGACAUUACGGCCUUGGCCAAGGAUGCAGCCAUGGGACCAUUGCGAUCCCUUGGAGAGGCACUAUUACACAUGACCAUGGAUGAGAUCCGGCCAAUUCAAUUGUCCGAUUUCGAGGCGAGUUUGACGACCAUAAGGCCGAGUGUAAGUAAAGCUGGUCUAAAAGAGUACGAAGACUGGGCGACAGAGUUUGGAGAAAGGGGAGGAUAG